UUGCACCGUUUGGCCAUACAGGACGAGGGCCCCAUUUAUCGUUAGUGUCCUCCCCCCCUCAAAAGUCUUUCGGUGAUUUUUUCCUCGCGAUUUUUCCGGGACGCGUGUUUUUUUCUCGGGUUUUUUGAAAAACUGAAUUAUGGCCGAUCUGAGUGUUGGACAGGGGUACGAACAGGAUAUGAACCCCACGCUUGAACCCUCCUGGCAUAUUAUUCCGCCCGAUUAUGUGCAUAUGGACGAUGAAUAUAGAUAUUCAUUACUGGACAGCAUAAAGGUCAGUAACUCCAUAAGCAAUCAGCGCCACCAGCCGGCCAGUUUCGCCAUUAGUGAUAUUUUGGAAUUAGAUAGGCAAAACAAUCCGCACAAUGAUUUGGAUCCCAGCAUGGCGGACAGCCUGUACACCACGACUGAUUUAUCGUACCUUCCUAGACAUUGGCCCCAGAUAUCUGAACACAGUUUACCUCCGCUUCAUCCCGCCCACCAUCACCAUCAUGCGCAACAGCAGCACCUACUACCUCCUAUCCAUCAUCCUCCCCAAGUCUCCCCAGAUAGCACUAGCCCCCCUAUGUCCGAUAGGUCCAGUGUGGAACCUAAUAGUUUGACGGAUCCUAUUACUCCCUUGGGAGGGCCUCCUAUGACCGUGCUACAAAGAGACCUCUCAGAGCCUCCCAGUAAUGGUGGCAUGAGUGACACUGAAGAGGGAGACGAGGAACACGAUGACGAUGGAGGCAAGGAUGAUGACGAUAGGGAACAGCAGUCAACUGGUCAUAAAAAACGAAAAAGGAGAGUGCUGUUCUCGAAAGCGCAGACUUACGAGCUGGAGAGGCGAUUUAGGCAGCAAAAGUACCUUUCGGCCCCCGAGAGGGAGCAUUUGGCUUCGCUGAUCCGACUCACCCCCACGCAAGUGAAAAUCUGGUUUCAGAACCAUCGAUACAAGACCAAGAGAGCCCUAAGCGAAAAAGGGAUGCACGAUCAACAAAACUCCAAUGCCCUACCGUCACCCCGAAGGGUGGCAGUUCCGGUUUUAGUGCGCGAUGGUAAACCCUGCCUAGGUGGUGGGCCGAAGCCCCAAGACAACUUGCAAAUCCCCCCGGGUCAUUUGGGGCCACUUAUGGGGGCCCACGUGCCCCACCACCACCCCGUGUUGUUCAGUCAGCCCCGGUGGCCCCAUUGGUAGACCCCCGAAUAGAUGUGUUCUAUAUAUGGAAAGUGUGGUUGAUCUCAAUCGGGAGAUAAGAAAAAAUUUACGUUAUUUUAAUUCUAAUGAAACGUUUCGUUUGUGCAUAAUCGAGUGAUUUUAAAAAGUGUAAUUUUUUUUUGAUACUGGGGAAGAAGAAAAAUAACAUUGAAAAAGUGUUUUAAGGUCACUUUUCACGCAAAUCUUAUCAAUUUAAAUAUUUGUUUUUUUUUUUAAUUAUAAAAGUAUUAAUCGAUAUGAUAAGGAGGGUCGAUAAUGAAGCAGAAACAUGAAAAGAUAAAAUAACUUUUUAAGUCACGUUGAUUAGGCAACUUUUUUUUAAAGGCCGAUUAUACAGGCUAACAAAAUUUUGACACAAUCAUUUUCUCAAGGUUUUCAAUGGUAUUCUAAUCUAAAAGUGCAAAAAUCGUUAGAAAACCAUUUUUCUCGCUUUAAAGGGAAGAAAAAUGCACUCGGGAUUGUUGGGAAAUAAGAGUUUGUUCGAAUAUCUCUUUUUCCCGUUGAGAUAUUUCAAUUUUAAAAUUCAACAGAUAUUUUCAGACUUUAUUAAGUACAAUUAAAAAAAAUAUAUAUACUAGAAACGCCGAACCAUAACACAAUUUUUUCCAUUAACCAGAUUAUUGCAUUAAACAGAAUUGGUACAAACUCUGGCCAUGGAAAAGGCGUUCUUAGUACAAUCCCAACAAAUAAAGUUUGUACUAAAAACGCUUUGUGUAUAACUAAAGACCUUGCACCAUCACGCAAUUCUUUCUAUUAAAUUGAAUUAAUUGUACAGUCUUGGUUAUCCGUAACAUCCGGCAUAAUUCGUUUUUAGUACAAUUUUAAAUAUGAAUUCUUGGCCAUUUAGAAAUUUGUUCAAUUGUGAAAGUAAAAAUUUAACCCAUUUUUAAAUUUGUACUAAAUCAGCCUUGUGCAAGGUCAAAGGUCUGAAAUCACCAUGUAAUUAUUUAUUUUAAAUCAGCACCAUUCAAAUGCAUCAUUGAAUUUUUUCUAUCAAAUCGAAACAAUUUUACAGUCCUGGUUAUCCGUAAUUUUUUUUUUAGUACAACUUUUAAUGUGAAUUCUUGGCCCAUUUAGAAAUUUGUCCAAUUAUUAUAUAAAUAAAAUUAUAAAAUUUGUACUAAAAAAAGAAUUGUGCAAAGUCAAAUGCUUAAAAUCAUCGUGCGAUUAUUUCUUUCAAAUCGGCACUAUCCAAACAAAUUUGUACUAAAAAUACAUCAGAAAAUUUUGUUCAUUAAAUCAAAACAAUUGUAACAAUCUCGGUGACCCAUAGCUUCUGCCCACGCACAAUUCGUUUUUAGUACAAUUAGUAGAAACUCUGUGUACCAAAAACUAUUCAUGUGUAAUUUCAUUGAGUUCAGAAACUUUUAGUUCUGAAGAUUUGUUCGUACUAGAUGCGUCCCACUCUUCAAAACUGUCAAUGGCAAUACGACGACAUAUAAAUAUCUCUGGCUGUUGUUUCAAUUCCUUCUUAAGGCAAUGUUUCCACACGAAGUCGCCUGGAUAAAGCAUCGGUAUUUUGAUUCUAUUGUAAAGUGACACUGUUGUUGUAGUCGUUGAAGCCACUUUGCUACUUGUCCUUCAGGGUUUUUGAACUUAAACAGCUAUUUUAGAGAAGCAUGGUCAGUCCUAAGAAUGUAUCGUUGAUCAUACAAAUAUUGAUGAGAAUGUUCAAUAGCUUUUACUGCUGUCAAUAGCUCUAGUCUGGUCACACAAUGGUUUCUUUCUGGCUUUGCGUUUUACUGAAAUAAGCUAUCACUUGUUCGUCAUCUUUAUAGCUCCAAUUCCAGCACUGCUUGCAUCUGUAUCCAAAAUAAAAGUUUGAAAUAUUUAAAGUCAUUCCACGUAGCACAGUUUCCAUAAGUCUUUCAAAGGUAGCUGGAGCAUUAAAGGGUCCAAAGCGUGUAAUUGCCUCUCGAUUGCCAAAGUUCUGUUUAAGUCAAGAAUGCGUUUUUUUCCUUAUCUUUUGGAUACAUUUUUACCUGCCAGUUUUGACUCUUCAGAUCGAGCAUUGAAAUCCAUUGUGAACCUUAUAGCGUAUCCAUGGUAUAUCAUCAAUUCUUGGUAGGGGAUAACUGUUCUUUUUGGUAUUAUCAUUCAGUCGCCGAUAGUCAAUACAAAAUGUGGUAGAUCCGUCAUUUUUCUUCACUAGUACAACUGGGGAUAUCCAAGCACCCUAUCACUCUUUGUGUCCUCAUUUCUUGAAACAUUAAAGAAACUUCACCUUGUUUAGCUGUCGGAAUCCUUCGAGGUGGUUGGCUUGUUGGAGUUAGUUCCUUAUUGAUUCAAUGCUGCACAAAGUCAGUACUUCCUUAAGCCAUUCGAGGAAAACAUAUCUUGAUUUUCUUUAAGAAGGCGUCGUACUUUACUGCUCGGGUCCAGGGUCAAAUUGGCAGACGGAAAACCUAUGCCCUGAAGUCGCUACUUCAGAGCAUACACCAAAGUUCUCUCCUUGUAUCAAGUGUUGAUCAUAUCGUUUCAAGUUUACCAUUCGAACCAAAAUGGAAUAAUUCCUUGACCAUAUGCUUUGCAGUUAUCCAUGGACUCAAUUAAAAUAGUUUCUCUAUCUUUUCCUCCAGUUGUGGCAUUAACCACCAUCUCUGAAUUAGCUGGUGUGGCAAUAUCCUGAGAUAACUUAGUGCCUGGGACACUUCCAAUAUCUUCAUGUACAUGAUGCAUGAGAAUCUCUUCAAUUUUCGUUAUCAAUAAGACCAGAGGCUAUGUACCACUGCCCAAUCUUUUUAAGAUCAAAUUUUUUAUAUACAGGGAUGUUACACAGGACAUUUGCAAGAAACAGUACUUUAUUAUCUUCAAAAUGAACCUUAUAUUAAAAAUAAAAUAAAAUAAUAUCACCAAGAUGGUGACCAUCAAAUAUGGAUGCAGCUGCAGGACUUCCUUGCGAAUCUCAUUCUUCAACUCGGUCAAACUACGAGACUUGUUAGCAUAUUACAUAUUUAUACCUCAGUCGAGAGCACAUCUCCAAAAUGUGAAAUGAGUUUUCCUGGGAACAGGUUACGUAACAUUCAUUGAAUAAUAUCUUGCUGCAAUUACAUACUCCUUGAGUUUAUUCCUUUUCUGCGUAAUUCUGGCCCCACAAAUUUUUGGAUCAUGUGAACGUAGCAAUUAGAAUUAACAGUGAUGAAACGACUAGUCCCUUCGAAGAAAUAUGGACCAUUGGCACACAAUACUAUGACUUUUUUAAAAUGCAGACGAUGGUCAUGGAUAUGUCGAGGAUUUUCAGGAGCCUAGUACCUGUAAUUCUGUUUAUUAACUGCUCCAUCUAAGUGAAAAUAAGAUUCGCCACCCAUUAGAAGAUGCUGACCUAAGGUAUUUUCCAAAGUUCUUUACAUUCUUGUAGCGAUGUUCAAAAUCUCUUUUCUUUAAAUGCUGGAAAAUCUGUAAUUCGUAGGGAUGACCUAGUUCUACGUUUUCCCGAAUUUUUUUUUCAUGAUCAUCAUCCGUUGUUCUUAAAUUCGUUAUCCAUCUUAAGAUUAGGUGACAGGAUGGCACCGCUCCACGUCUACCAAUACUAAAAUGAGUGCGAAAAAGCUGCUGCAUAGUGAUGACUGAUUCUCUAUUUCGGAUAAACGUAUCUAUGCAAAUAUGCGAUGUUCUAUCGUUCACUGGUUCACCUUACCUACUGAAAUGGCACAGCACCAGAGAAGUAGGAAGUAACUUCGUACUUGCCUCAAUCUUCUUUCCAUUAAAUCGAAAUAAUUGUACAGCCUUGAUUAUCCGUAACUUCCUAUUUGAAAUAUAAUUUAACGUAUUCCAAUGAUUUCAAUAUUAAUAUUUUUAUGCAUUUUUAGACAUGAUCAUAACUCAGGGAUCAUUUUAGGUAUUUUCAUAUUUUUUUCACACGUAAAUAAAGAGAUUUCUGAACAUUGAUCUCAGGAUAAAACAUUAUUCUCGAUCAAGGAUUUGGGAAAUUAUCGCAGUUUUGGUUCGGGCAUUUUUUAGCAUAUUUUUCCACGAAAUUUUUUUUCUUUUCUUGAUAAUACUCUCAAGAAAUAUUCUUAGAAGGGUUUUAGCUAAAGAAAGGGCGUUUCUUUCCGAAGAGUUUCAUACAAAUGUUUCUUGGACCUGUGUAUGAUAUGUACCAAAAACUACUUAUGCGUGGUCACAUUUUUUCUUAUAUAAAAGAGUUUUUAGUACAUUUAUAAAAAAAUUGAGCUAUUUAGAAAUUUUUAAUAAAAAUGCCCUAUGUGUGGCCAGAAAUAUCACCUCACCAUCCAAAUUUCUUUUUAUUACUUUAAAUUUGUCAUUAAAUAGAGACAAUUGAAACAAUUAAACUAUGGCCACGCAUAAGACAUUUUUACUACGAAUUGUUUUUAUUAAAUUGAAACAAUUGCAGUCUUGGUGAGUUUGUAGUAUGCGUUCUUAGUACUUUCAUUUUUUAAUUUGAAAAUUUGUACAAUCUUUACAAAUUGAUUAUUUAAUGACAUGUACCGAAAACUGAUCAUGCGCCGCCCAUUUUUUUAUAUAAAUUUGUUUUUAGUACAAUUCUAAAAAUAACCUCUUGGCCCCUUUAAAAAUUUGUACUAAAAACAUCUUGUGCGUGGUCAGAGUCCUCAAUAACCUCAAAAAUUGAAUUUUUAUUGUACUUGAAAACCCUGACGUCACCGAUUAAAAAGCAUAAUAUUUAAGUGUCUCAUUUUGUUGGCCUGUGUUAGAGAGAGAGAGCAAAGGUGUGUUCGUUUACCUCAAAAUCUAGUCAUACUAUUUAGUUAAUUUGUAUUAUAAGAGAUAAUUUUAUUUUGCGAGAUUUUUUUUUUGGGGAAUUGUUUGGCGGGUUCAAAUUGUAAAUUAAAACUGGCAAUAUAUGUUUUUUUUUCAUUUUGUAAAUAUUUGGUUCCUAUAUGUGCUAGUAAAUAGAUAACGUAUAUACUUAAUAAUAUAUAUCCACUUGUAUAGUGUAAAUAGCGAUAGGUUUUAGUUUGAAAAAUCGGUGGUUGUAUAUUGACUUUAUUGAUAAAGGUUAUUGCUGAAGAAUAUUGUGGCAGUACGAGACGAUUGUUACCAAAUAAUGUUGACCGACGCACUGGUUUAUCUUGUUUUUCCUAUAUUAUUGUAGGUGAUAUUUAUUAAAAGCUAUUAUUGAAAAUAUA